AUGCGAAAAGUCGCACGUCCAGUACGUUGCGCUUUCAUCCCCGAGCCCAAGAUCGACUUGGAUCGCCAGAUCCUCGCACCUUCGCCUUUUUCCUCAACUCGUCGACAAGUGAGCGGUUCCUUUAGAUUGAAAAAUGGUCGCCGGUCGUCCUGGCCGCGAUGAUCAUCUACGUCGCUUUCUACGCUACGGUAAGUUUCAAUCAAGUGUACUUGUGAGUCACAGCCGGUUAACAGGGUUUUUCUUCCCACACGCCCCCAGGGUAUCGGAAACAUCCCUUGGCAACAACAAGAGUUGUUCCACGUGAGCGUUCGUGGGAUUGGGACCUCGAUCAGUACUGCGUGCAACUGGGCGGGCAAUCUGAUCAUCUCGUUGACGUUCUUGAGUUUGAUCAACGCCAUCACCCCCUCGGGAGCAUUCGGUCAGUCUUCCGUGCUCUCAGAUUUUCAAAAUUGACGGACUGUGCUAACCGGAAAGAUGUCUUUCCUCGAUCAGGUCUUUACGCGGGCAUUUGUUUCCUCGGCGCUUUGUUCUGCAUCUUCCUCUACCCCCAUCAGGGCGCUAUACCUUCACUACGGAUCGUUGAGCUUAUGCGCAAGAGUGCGCUGCGUGCGAGUGAGGAGAGCUGA